AUGGCUUCUUUAAUAUUCAAAUAUAAUUACAUUAAGACUCUUGUGAAUGAUAUUCGUCAAACAGUUAAAAAUAUUGAUAAAACCAAUACAGAUAUUGGUAGUUCAACAUGUAAAACCUCACUUGAUUCAUACACAAAAUGUUAUCAGCAUGUCACUGGAUUGUUACCUUAUAAGAGCGUUACAAAUGGUAUCGAAACCGUUAUUCUUCUUAGAAAAAAACUGAAAGCUAUUAAUCAAACAUUAUUGAAUAGUUUACUUUAUUGGAAUCAAGAUGAUCGUUUGAAACCCUUUACAAAUUUGAUGUUGUCGAGAAAUGAAUGUCAGAUAAUAUAUUGUGGAGCCAAUCAAGCCGGUACAGAUGGUCUCGAAUUUAUUAAACAAUAUGAAAAUUGUCAUGUUUGGUUUUUAGAACCGGUAGCACAGUUCUAUGAUAAAUUAAUUCAUUCCUAUAGUAUAUUACAAGAACUGAAAACAGGUAAACAUCAUUUAUACCAUAUCGGUCUAUCAAAUAAAAAUGAUCUUAUUGAUGUAACAUGGCAGGAUAUUAGAGAAUCCGAAGCUUUAUCUUUAGUUGGGAAACAAGAAAACAAACCGAACAUUGGUAAUGAUCUAAAAUACAAGUUAAUUUUGAGAGAUGUUGCAGAAAUAUUAUUCGAAUUUCACAUGUUAUCAAAGACGAGCAAUAGCAUUGUAACUGGAGAAUUGAAUUUAUUACAUCUCAAUUGUGAAGGUUGUGAGUAUGAUGUUAUUGAAAGAUUAAUUCAAACAAAUUUAAUUAAAUACAUUAGAAUAAUACAAUUUGGUUCACAUCGACCAUUAGCUAUUCGUCCGUCUGUCAAUAAAAGAUAUUGUUGCUUACAACAAAUGUUGUCAACAACACAUCAUUUACAAUUUGGUGUACCAUGGGCAUGGGAAAGAUGGUUAAGACAUGAUCUAGUAGAGAAAAAUGAGUAG